UAAAGAGAUAACACUCUGGUUCAAUCAGUGGACGCAUAUUUAUAAAAGUUGCUUUUUUUGGGAUAAACAUUCAUGCCUUAUCUCUUUCCGCCCCCCUCUCGCUCGCAGAUAACAUAGAACAUGGGAAAUUCAAGCGGUGUGGCGAUCUGCCCGGUGAUUGUCACGUGAGUCCAGGAAGAGUAGUCACAGACCCCGAGCCCGGUGUGGGCUUACAGGCGAACCAAGUGUGAGAUUUAGACCUUCAAUCAGUGGACAGGUGCCAAUAUCCUUUAUUUUGCUGGACAAUUCAGUCGACAUGGCCAAGAAUGAAAAGAAGUUUGGCUUUGAUAAAGAAGAGAGGGUUCUCUGCUAUCACGGACCGUUGCUUUACGAGGCUAAAGUGAUUCGGCGCGAGAAAAGAGAAGAUAACGACGACAGUGAAGGAGGACGACACUACUACAUUCACUAUAAAGGAUGGAAACAAACAUGGGACGAAUGGGUGCCUGAAGAGCGCGUUCUAAAGUUCACCGAUACCAAUAUUCAAAAACAACAGCAACUGAAAGAAAUGCACUCAAAACGUAAACCAUCCCGUUCAUCGAACACAUCCCAUCCUGGCAGCAGUGCCCAUGACGCCGUCGAAUCGCGAGGACGUAAACGACAUCGUGACGCCAGCACAGAGAAAUCGCGUAUGGAGGACGAUGCCAAACGACCAAGCUUCAAAGUACCCAUGCCGGAAUCACUGAAAGGACUGCUGGUCGACGAUUGGGAGAAUAUUACCAAAAACCGACAGGUUGUGCGACUGCCAUGCGAAAUCACUGUGUCCAAAAUCUUGGGUCAGUACGCCCAAUCCAAGUCCGCAGAUGACAUGAAAGACAGCGAAGUGUUGAAUGAAGUGAUCCAAGGUAUCAAGCUUUAUUUCGACAAGACAUUGAACAACCUAUUGCUGUACCGAGUGGAACGGAAACAGCACGAUGAGCUGAAAUCCACUUAUCCUGAUAAGGAAGUCAGCGAUCUUUAUGGAGCAGAACAUUUACUUCGACUAUUUGUCGAAUUACCUUCGCUUAUCACCAAGUCCAAAGUAAAUCCUGAGACGCUGGCUGUCCUCAAAGACAUGUUUGCAGACUUUUUAAGCUUCUUGCAAGACCAUGAAAAGGAUUAUUUCCACAACGAGUAUCGAACGAAUCCAUAUCAUCAAGAGCGAUAGGGCAUGGACGGAAAAAGGAGGAGGGGCAUGAUGUCAGUCGGCCAAUGAGAAGGAAUGCUCCCUCUCUUUUUGUAUUGUGCCCCAGGUACGGUUUGCGGACAUUCGUCAUGUUGCAUAUGAAAAAGACCGAUCGUUAUCGAUAAAAACUUGCUCAAUGGGGUUUAGCGUAUAUAAAACUCUGUUUCUCUAUCAAAAAAAAGCUGCCGCCUAAAAACUUCCAUUCAAAUACAAAAAAGUAUUCAUCAA